AUGGAAGUCAUAGUUGCUAAUGUAGACCAUAUAAAAUUCGAUAUAGAUUAUGCAUUGGAACAACAGUAUGGAGCUUUACCACUACCUUUUCCCGGGAUGGAUAAAUCCACUGCUGCAGUUUGCGAGUUCUUUAGCCAACCAGGUGGGUGCACAAAUGGCCCACAAUGCCCCUAUAGACAUGUUAGAGGUGACCGAACAGUAGUUUGCAAACAUUGGUUACGUGGUCUAUGUAAAAAAGGAGAUCAAUGUGAAUUCCUUCAUGAAUAUGAUAUGUCAAAAAUGCCUGAAUGUUACUUCUAUGCUAGAUUUAAUGCAUGUCACAAUAAAGAAUGUCCAUUCCUUCAUAUUGAUCCAGAAAGCAAAAUAAAGGAUUGUCCAUGGUAUGAUCGUGGCUUCUGUAGACAUGGCCCACACUGUAGACAUCGACAUGUAAGAAGAGUGUUGUGCAUGAACUAUUUAGCUGGGUUUUGCCCUGAUGGAUCUAGCUGUAAAUAUAUGCAUCCAAGGUUUGAGCUGCCAGCACCACCAGAGCAAACAAAAGAUGCUAAGAGAUUGCCAGUAUGCCAUUAUUGUUCCGAAGUUGGCCAUAAAGCCUCUACAUGUAAUAAGAUUCCACCUGAUCAAAGAGAAGUUGCUCAGAAACAAGAAGAAGCUAGAUAUCGAGCUUUAGGUUAUGUAAAAGCAGCUGAUAAUGAUGAAGCGCAAAGACUCCAAAGACUGAUGCACAAACCCUUAGAAGAGGUUACCUGUUUUAAAUGUGGUACAAAAGGGCACUAUGCCAACAAAUGUCCUAAGGGUCAUCUAGCAUUUCUUUCAAAUCAGACGGGUCAAAACAAUACAUUUAAAAAACCUAAC